GCAAUUUAAUAACCCCUUUCCUCUCUCCUUCACACUUCUCGUGUUCGCACUUAUGCCACCAACAAUGGCUAACCCUCCCCCAACUCUAUGACACCUCUCUCUCUCUCUACCUCUCUCUCUCUCUCUCUCUCUCUCUCUCUCUCUCUUCAGUUCCAGCCUAUUAACAGGAUCAAGCAAUCGAAUCAUGAAAAUAAAAGUAUAAAAACAUCUUACAAUCAAGCCAUCGACAAAAUUGCAGUUUAGACUUUAAACCAUUCACCUAUCUUCACAAAGCAGCAAGCAGAGUGACGCCAUGAAAUCACACAGGCGUUUGAUAUCGCCUGAGAAUCCAGUCAACUUUCUCAAGAUCAUUCUCUGCGAUGACACUGGCUCUACAGGCCUUAGGUUACCGGUGAAAUUUACGGAUGAGUAUGGGAAGUUUUUGUCAGAAAAGGUGACACUGAAGGUGCCAAACGGUGACGUUUGGCAAGUUGAAUUAUAUAAAUCAGGAGAUGAGGUUUGGCUAAAAAAUGGGUGGGGUGAGUUUGCAGAGCAUUAUGGUUUAAAGUUUUCCAACAUGUUGGUAUUCAAAUACGAAGGGUGUUCAACGUUUGGUGUCAUUAUGUUCAAUGCAACUGCAUCAGAGAUAGAAUACCCUGAAAGCAAAGAUCGUUUUAAAACCCCGGUUAAACCGAAUGCAAGAAAAUUCCCGGUUUCUUCUGAUGAACCGGAGACUACAGUUUCAGAUGAUGACUCGUCUUAUUCUGAUGAAUCGGAGACUAUAGUUUCAAAAGAUGACACUUCUUCGUGGUUGAGUGAAGAUCAAGAACAUGGGAUCAAGAUUAAGGAUGAAGGUGAAUGUUCAAGUAAAGCAAGGGAGAUUGAAAAGGGUAAAGCUGAUUUCAAAAGUGAUAAACCCUUCAUGGUUUAUAUAAAUCAAUCACAUCUUACUAAUCGCGGAGUGUAUCUACCAGCGGAGUUCAGAAGGAAGUUCUCGAGGGGUCACAAGAGCGAUCACGAAUGUUCGCUUCAACUUAAAAAUGAUGGAAAAUUGAAGGCAUGGAAGGUUGUUGUAGGUCGUUAUUUGGGGAAGGCUGAUUGGCUGACGUUUGUUGAAGACAAUGGUGUUAAGGUUGGGGAUGUCUUGGUUAUUGAGAUGAUUCACAACGACAAAGAUGUUCUUUGUGUUAGCAUAUGUAGAUCUGGUUGUUAAGUUGUCUUUGAUCAUAAUUACUACUUUUUGUAUCCACUAUUAAGUACUCAACUUGUUUGAUCAAGAUUGCUAUUUUUGUAUCUACUAUUAAAGUAUUUGUUUGAUCAA